AUGAUAGCUCUGUGGACGAUCGGCUACAAGUUCAGCAUCAUUCAAGUCGAGGGCCAAGUACGCGAACAGGUUUCCGAAGACCUCAUAUCAUUGAGAAUUCCUCCCGCUCAUUGUCUCGACGAGAGCACCGGCGUAAGCGAGUGGUUUGACGACAGGGUUUCGUAUCAGCCUCUGGUACCUGGAGAAUACUUUGUGUACCAAGACCCCGUGGAGAUCUUGACGAACAAAGCUUUCAUCCAUCGACUCUCAGGAGACCCAGAAGAAGACGCAGAUCGUAUGGGUACGGGGCAAAUUAUCAUGGUCGGAUCAGCCACGUGUGCAAGCACCCUCUUCAACGGGGCAGAUUCCGGUAUACUGUACACCUCUGAGAACGUCCUGGUCGCUGAAGUGGUCGACAGCGUGAUUGAACCAGGUCGUAAUUUCACCAUUCAUGACAUAUAUUGGCAAACCUUGGAGCCGGACGUGACAAACAACGUUCAGUUCAAGAUACAGUCUCCAGGGGCAAUUACAAUUCGUCGAGCUGGACUUGUCGUCGGCCAGGGAGCAGAUCCAGAUCUCCUCGGCACUGCUUCCAUCGAACAAGAACAAGAAAUUCGUGUUUACCGACAUCGGUUCAUCGUUGCACGUCGCGUGGUUGACGGAACUUGCCAGAAUAUCUUGCCGGAUCAAACGGGAUACCUCGUGGAUGGCCGCGUCUCGAAAGAUCCGCCCUCGGGGCCACAGCGACUGGUUGAAACCUACUACGAUGACGGGACAAGUUAUUCGGUCGGACCCAUUCUUCAGACGGGCUGCUUCAGUGGAUCGCUAUCAUUCCAGAGCUCUUAUGUGAAUAGAAAAGUCAAGUCUAUCAUUGUGCGGGCAAACAUGGCGGUCUGGGGAACAGAUAUCGAAACUAUACGUCAAGAUCAGUCUCGCCAGGUUGAGUCUCUGGGCCACAAUUUCUAUCGAUCAGACCGCAUCACCGGAAUCAAGCGGCUCUCCAGUAAAGAUCCGACGAGAUACCCUCUGUUUGAGGGAACCAGGCUGAUUGCAGGUCGCGGUGGCUAUAUCCAGGCGGCCUGUGUAGAAAUUGGUUUGGGGGUUGUCUUCAUCAUUAUCGGUCUGGUACGGUGGUACAUUGGCCCACCUGAGUUGACGUCGUGGGCAGGACAGCACGUGUCGGUAUUCUGCAACACAAUUCUCGCUCCAAGCGGUGGUGUUGGGGGGGAAGUGCAAGACUGUAGGCCUGGUGGACCUUUACAUCUGGCAUGCGACACAACCCACGACAGUGGAUAUUCGUCUGCCACGACACCUCUUGCUCAGAAUGGACUUUCGCUCUCGCUCGUCAACGACCUCCGUAACGCUUGCUCCACAGGCUAUGAGCCAGCGCCUAUCAAAGGUGUUGGCAAGACAUGGAAUUUGAUUUUGGACAAAGAGACUACAGACCAAGGACACGACAGAUUCUUCUUUACCAAGGCAGAAUGA